AAGUACCUUCAACUGCAGCGGCCGCUCGGAACUUCGCUGAAGCUGUCGUCUCCGGUUCGGAACAUUGAAAGCAACUGUUGAAUCCUCUUUUGAGAGGUUUUCCGGUUCUUUCCCACAUGGUCGUCAUGUAUCACGUUCACGACCCCUCGUAUAAUGUUUGGAGCAAUAUCUGUCAAAGUGCUGAUCUCAACGGGAUGUAUGCCCAUCCAGGCAUGACUCCACAGAACUUAGGAAUCCCAUUCUACGCUAAGCGCCCGUAUCCGGCUCGGAAGUUCCAGAGUUACGUUGUGAACGUGUGUCCCGAGGUUCCGCCCUACGAUGCUUCACCGUGGAGAUCCCCAAACAGGAGUUACAGCCUGGGUCUCGAAGGAUUGACCGAAGAAAUUCACGAUUUCUUCAUGUAUGCCCAGCCGAACGCUGCUGAUCAAAGCCGUCGAGAACAGGUCAUCGAGAAGGUCCGGGCCGCCAUUCGAGAAAAAUGGCCCGACUGCGUCGUCGAGGUUUUCGGAAGCUACAAGACCGGACUGUACCUUCCCACCGGCGAUAUCGACAUGGUGAUCCAAGGGAAUUGGGAGAUCAUACCGCCGCUCUUCGACCUCGAGCGUCAGCUGAUCGAGAAGAAAGUUGGCGAGAAGAAUACCUUCAAAGUGCUCGACAAGGCGAGCGUACCCCUCAUCAAGUUCAAGGAUGCCGAUACUGAGAUUCGAGUCGACCUCUCUUUUAAUCAGGCGAACUGUACCGAGGCCGCUGCAUUCGUGAAGCAAUGCUGUAGGACUUUCCCUCCGCUUGCGAAGCUCAUUUUUGUUUUAAAACAGUAUCUUAGCCUACACGGAUUGAAUGAAGUGUUCCACGGGGGGAUUUCCAGCUACAGUCUCACACUGAUGAUCCUCAGCUUCCUUCAACUUCACCCUGAGCAGGAGAUGGUCCGGAGCGAUAAACCAGAGACGGGCAAAUUGCUCGUUGAAUUUCUAGAGUUUUAUGGAGAUCGAUUUGAGUACGAUAAAAUGGGUAUCAGAAUCCGGGACGGAGGCGCUCUAGUCGACAAGAACCAACUCCGAGAAUGUCUGAUUGCCGCCGGGGGACCUCCUUCAUCGGGUUCGAAUCUUCUGUGUAUCGAAGAUCCCUUGACGCCAGGGAAUGAUGUCGCUCGAUCGUCGUACGCGAUGUCCAGGGUCCGGGAUGCUUUCAAGUCCGCAUUCACUUGUCUCUCGAAGUUGGUUCAUCCUUCGCUGUUCCCCAUGGUCGGGAACCCGAGACCCCCGACCUUGACUCAGAUGAUUGCUGCUCCCAACGGUAUGCCUUAUGGCCGAAUUAUGUCUCCGUACCCCGAGGAAUACUGUCACACGAAGAGUCACUCGAACCGAGGAGUGAGAGGGACCAGCACCGAGUACAGUAAUUCUAAGCCGUAUCCCGUCAAGAAACGCCAACGAAAAUGGAGUGAAGAUCGUUCUGACAAGAAUCGAGCUCCAGCUCCGAUGUACGCUGCGAACGUCGAAGAUCAAUGUUUCGAUAUCAUCAUAAACGGGCCUCAGAUCCAAGCGGACAGAAGAAAGGGACGAGCCGUGACCGAAUCCCCGAAACCCGUGCAGUGAGAGCGUUGUUCUGUCUCAGAGUCUCUCCGCUGAAACGUCUCGGCACUGCAAGGGAACUGAACUCAGCGUCCCCACCCAUAUCUUAAAUCUUUACAGAUUUUUUGAAUUUGCUCUCCGCUCUCCUCCAAAACGAACAUUGCAGUAAGUCCACAGGCAUUGAAUCAGCUGACUGGCGAACUGGGAGAAAAGAACAAAAAGCACAAAAAAAAGACGUCACUGUACAUCCUUGCACCGGCGGAUGUCAGGUAGUUACAGAAACCUCAAGAAAAAAUAGUGGAAAAUACUAGUUAUUUACAAGGACUAGACUAAAAAAAUCUGGAAAACUAAACAAACAAAUAGUUGAAAGCAUCCUUCAAUGGCGAAGCUGGUCUUGGCACAGCGAACGCUCCUCUGAAUCCAUUCGAAGAACACUCGCCAGAGACGAUCAUCGCAAAAAUAAAAUCGGAAAAAACGUAAAAAAAACUAGAAAAACUAGAGAAAAAUAACUAAACAAACAAAUAAAAAAUCACUAACAUGUACUUUUAUCAAAGCACUCUGCCAAGAAAUUUUCCCAUCUCUUUCGGAGAAUUCGUACAAGCGAGCGUUCGAAUGAAGCGAUGACAUAUUGUGUCUCAAUUUGUACAAACAAGGAAUAAACUCCAGGAAAAACUGUAGCGCCACCACAGAUGGCGGUAUGCAAUGGUAAUCAGCUCAUGCGGCGCGAAAGCACAGUGACUUGUCGAUUUGCUAAUGUACUACGAUGCGCUCAGUCGACAAGGAGAUGCGGAACAAGGAGGCGAUUCGUGGGGAGCACUGCUCAUCAGGAUCGUCGAGAAACGAUCUCACUCACGAAUUUAGUACCAGAGGAAGAUUCCCCGAGGGAGGGUUGAGAACAAGCGAGACUUGGCGAUCGUGAAAUGAGAGCUAUGUGAAGCUUGAGAAAACGCCACGGAGAUUCGAUGCAAUUGUUCUUUUAAAAACACGACAGUACGUCGAAGAAGAGCCAAAGCUGAUGUAUGGGGAUGUGCUCCUGUCAACAAUCAGAUGCUAUCAAGAGCGCAAGUAGUAAUCGUAGCAGAAUAAAAUGGUAAAACUGGUAGCAAUCUCAAAUAUUAUUUCGAUGAUCGCGAUCGAGAAGGCUGCAAUGGGAAUGAACCGGAUUUCUAAACCUCAAGCUUGAACUAGUAAUUAGGGAAAGCCAUCGGACUCAGCGAAUGCGGAAUAAAACUAAUU